ACAUUUCUACUUCCGGCGCAGUUUAGCGAUGCCCUUCAUUUCAAUCCCAGCAGGUGACAUGAGAGCAGUGCUGGGGCAAUCGUGAGUUCAGCGUUCAUCCCUAUCUGCAGACAUGGGGUUGCUGCCGGACGAGGCCAAGGUUCUUCCCCCGCCGGGGAUAGUGAACAGGAAUUCGGUGUGGUUCGGCUUCAUGGGCUGGUGCACAGCCAUGAUCCACAACGCUAUGAACCGUAGACCGCCUUUGAAAUCUGGAGUGCACCGGCAGGCUCUGUUCGUCAGCAUCGGAUGGCUGCUCGGUUACCACCUCACCAAGCACGAGAACUACACCUACGCCAAGCUGGACAGAGACAUGAGGGAGUACAUCCGCCAGCACCCCGAGGAGUUCGCCGAGAAAGACAAACCUUCUUUUUCUGAGAUUUUGGAGGAUUUUCAUCCCAUUCGCUGACCUCUGGAAGACUUGGAAAUCAUGACAUGUUCAGACAUCAACCUAAAGUGGUCCAGGCUGUUGUGAGCUUUAAAAGUAUGUGUGAAAUAAAUUUUUCCCCCACUCCA